AUGGUCCUGUUCACAUUCGGCCACUUUGACUGGGUAGGUCCACCCUGGUCAGGCGAGAUGUGGCCCCGCUACGUCGAUGGCUGUUCUAGGGCUGUGAAGCCACCCCGGUUUGGGCCUGGUCCGUGGAUCGGCGGGCUCAAGAAUGCCUGACGUCGUCGUCGUCGUUGCUCGCUGCUGCUAUCCGCGCUGCCAGCUGCUGAUACUCUCCAUUGCGUCCUAUUGCAGCCAUGUCGUCACGUACCCUCACUCCCCGUCUGCAACCUGUUCUUCCGACAGUUGCUCGUCCGUAAGUGUUGCACCCAUCAUUUCAUCCGGCGGCGUUGAAACAGCGAUGGGCGUCGAAGGCGGACUCGCGUGAAACGAUCGAAGGCUUGCGCCGACAACACCGACACACGCAGGCGCCGAUCAGGCUAGAUCGUCUUGUCGAGUUGCUGGCUAUGUUCCAUCCUUUCCAUCCUACGUGGGGUAGCUAAGGGUUAGGGAGAUCAAUUAUAAAGGAUCGGACUACAUCUGGGACAUACCAGGAUGGCGUGCCUGGCGUGAUCCAUGCGGGUUUCCUAGUGUGAAGCAAGUGCACUGACCACGCUUCCGCUCGCCUUCUCGAACCGUUUGCCGGCUUUCUUUCACAGACCCCAAGGGCCUCGCCGCACCCGCGACCGAUCUCCUGGGACUGCCGACCGAUGGCGCAGCGAUCCGAUCAACACUACAAACGCUCGGUGUCGGAGUGAGACCGUCGUGCUACAUCCCUCGCAUGCACGCCGUCGGAGGCCAGGCCGGCUCGCUCGGGAACGUCGCCAACAUCGCUGUCUGCGGUCUCUCGGUCCUCAUCGGGGUCGCGCUCUGCGUCAUGGCCGGCAGGAGAACGGCCGCCGUCGCACGCAAGGAGAUGCAGGUGUUCCUGUUAAUGUUCUGUCUCGUGCAGGGCGCACAGUUGGCAGAUACGGGCGCGUUGCUCAAGGUCGGCUCGACGGCGCUCACGUGGAUCUCGGGCGUUCACCUGGGCUUGCUUGUCGGUCUUUUCUGGGUCCUCGCAUGGCUCGCGUUCCUGUCGCUGCAAAUCGUCGAGGACGGCACAUUGCUCUCCAUCAUACCCAUGUUGAUCGGCACGAUCGUGCUCUCGGUCGGAUCGGGCUACAUUGCGCUCGACACGGGCUUCACCGUCACCAACUAUUUCCGCUCCGACCCGCCGCAAGACCUGCACUCGAUCUGGUUGUUUGUCCUCACCAUCAUCUGGCCCGCAGCCGCUGCUGGGUUCUACUUCUUGGUUCAGUUCGGCGUCGUCGUUCGAGUGCUCAGGGAGAAGAAGCCUCUUUGUGAGUUGGCCGGUGUGGCGUGGAUAUGAGGCGAACAGGCAAGAAGCUGACUUUGAAAUCUUGUAAACAGUCUUGUUCACGAUGGCCGCUGGGGCCUUCAUCCUCUCGCAAGGCGCUUACUUUGCGCUGAGCCACAAGAUCUGCACGGGCACAAAAGCCAAGGUUGACGGAUCGUUCGUGGCCUCGCUCCUCGAACUCAUCUCCAUCGUCUUCAUCUUUGCCGGGUGGAAGUCGAUCACCGAGGAUUCUUGGGAGGUGGGUUCAUGUUUUGGCGGGGCUCCCGUGCAUGGAGUUGGGAAACUGACUUGAUCUCGGAUCUUCACCACAGGGCACGGCAUAUCUCGACUCGUAA